GUGUUACUCACGAGACCUGUCAACCCUGAUCUUGACCUCUUCACUUAAUCUACCUGCUAUUUCAGCCCUCAUCAUUAUGUGUGUUGAGGCUAAAACCAAGCAGUCCUCAACAAUUUGUUAAUGAUGCAUUGCUUCUUUUCCCUCAUCUCGUCCAUUCUCAAUUCGGAGAACUUCUGAGUCGUUACCAGAAGUUGAUUCUACAACACAGAGCGAGGAUUGGGGACCUUUCCCAAUAUUGAAAAAAGAUUAACGCAUUUAUGGACGCGUCUACAACUGUUCAGACUUUGCAACUAUCAGCAUAAGGCACCACGUUACACCAUGCGACUCAGACCUGUCAACACGAUGAGGACACUGACUCUUCAGCUGAUUCUCAUCACUUCAUGCCUCGCUCUGAGCAAUCCAUUAUCAAUACUCAGGCACAGCAAUAAUAGUCCUGAUACUAAGCCCUACGGCAUAUCAGUGCCCUUAUUUGCAACGCUCGAGCGUCUGUCGCGGCUCGUCGACAUUGCCUAUUGUAUUGGCACCACAGGAGUCAGGAAACCCUUCGACUGUGUAUCGCGCUGCAGCGAGUUUCCCAGUCUCGAUCUCGUCAAUACGUGGAAUACUGGCCCUUUACUCAGUGACAGUUGCGGCUAUAUCGCUGUUGAUCACGGUGUGAGACAACGCGGAGACAAUGACGCUUACAUGGCUGGUGAGCCUGCUAUCGUGGUGGCCUUCCGCGGUACCUACAGCAUCGCCAAUACGAUUGUCGAUCUGAGUACUGUACCGCAAGAGUAUGUGCCGUACCCGUCUCCUGACAACGGCGGAGAAGAACCUCCGGACGAACCGGAGCAUCAAUGUACAAAUUGUACGGUGCACAUGGGGUUCCUCCAGUCCUGGAGGAAUGCUCGACGCCUCGUACUUCCACAAUUGAGACAGUUGAGGCUCCAAUAUCCUUCUUAUCCUGUUCAGCUUGUAGGCCAUAGCCUAGGAGGUUCCGUCGCUUGCCUCGCUGCACUGGAGCUCAAGAUAUCUCUAGGGUGGCAGGACGUCAUAGUCACGACUUUUGGUGAGCCCCGAGUUGGGAAUGAAGGGCUCGCUCGCUUCGUCGAUGAGGUCUUCCACCUAGAUGGCCAAGAUGAUCUCGAGGGGCGAGAAUACAGGCGGGUUACUCACAAGGAAGACCCCGUGCCCCUUCUUCCCCUGGGCGAAUGGGGUUACAAGUCACACGCAGGUGAGAUAUACAUCGCCAAACAGGAGCUCAGCCCUUCUGAAGCCGAUAUUUACAUGUGUAUCGGCGACAACGAUCCGAAAUGCAUAUCGGGGGCAGACGACUCGUUAUGGAUGACGAUACGCCGCUUGUUCCAUGUCAAAGGCCUUCUUACGGCCUCGGACAAAUUGGCGGAGUUGAAUGGAUUCCCUUCCAGAUUCAAGCUAUGGCAACUGCUGUUUGCUCAUCGGGACUACUUCUGGAGACUAGGCCUCUGUGUACCAGGAGGCGACCCUGCAGAUUGGGGCAGAGGACGAUACCAAGCACCGGAAACGGAAGAGUUAUGAGUUUUAACUUAUUGUGUUGGAGUUGGCAGGCGUUGAUGAUAUGGAAAAGCCUGCUUUAAGAUACCUCAUGCAUCUGAACUUAAUGGAUUAACACAUGUGAAGGGCUGGAGUAUCAACAUGUUUGUAAUCAAAUCUGUCAUGUAAUUCAUCAAAUAUUCAAGAAAUCCAAUGUAGUCUCAAGCGUCUAAAACCUAAUGACUCACAUUCCAGAAUCACCAUAUGGGCAAAAGAGAUCAUGUUUUCUACCCCGUGCCAACCAGUACAUUUAACGUGUUGUUCAAAGUCCUACGUUUUUCUGGUGACCUGGUCCAG